CUACUUGCGGAGUGAUACAAAAGAUGUCAUUAGAGGCAAAAAAGCCUUUGUUUACCUUGACAGCGGUCAAUUAUUCUUGGCAACGGUGAAUUAUCAAAUAUAAUUCACCGCCGGAAGUUGUGAAGGGCCCAUGCAAGUGAACAGAGCGUUAAUAAUGUAAAUAAUAAUAUAAAAUAUUUUAUUUAUUUUUUUGAGAUCUGAGCCUCAAGUGGGGGGGCACAAGCAUUGUUGGGGGCGGGCCCAGCCCCCUAUUGCCCGCCCAUAGCGACAGGCCUGGCCGUAUAUAAUACGUCUACGUCAAAUCCUCCCUUGAUCUCUGAAAAAAUGACUUCACCCGCUCGAGCUUUGUCUAAUCCCAAACCGCGGAGUCUCUGAACUGCCCCCCCAACGCGAUGCCAAAAUUGAUGAUGCAUGAACGUUGGGGAGAUCGUUGGGUACUGGUCAUCAACACCGGAGGAACCAUCGGAAUGAAGAAACAUGACAAGGGCCUCAAACCGGAGCCCAAUGCGUUUGUGAAGGAGUUGCGAGAGAUGAAUAUCUUCCACGAUGCAGAAUAUGCCAAAGAAAAGGGCUACGACCGCUAUGAAAACACACUUGUCCUGUCGUCAUAUAGCAAGAGCGAUCGACGGGUUGUGUACACCCUUCUAGAGUACGACCCCUUACUGGAUUCCUCCAACAUGACAACCAAGGACUGGGCGAAAAUCGGGAAGGACAUCGAGAAAAACUACGAGCAAUACGAUGGCUUCGUGAUCCUCCACGGCACGGACACCAUGGCGUACACGUCCUCCGCCCUGUCCUUCAUGUGUGACCACCUGGGCAAGCCCGUCAUCCUCACUGGCUCCCAGGUGCCAAUUUAUGACCUGUGGAACGAUGCCAGGGACAACCUGCUGGGGGCGCUGCUGCUCGCUGGUCUGUUUGACAUUCCGGAGGUAUGCCUGUACUUCCGCAACAAACUGUACAGGGGAAACCGCGUCACCAAAGUGGACGCUGGGAGUUUCGAUGGCUUCGCCUCCCCUAACCUGCCCCCCCUGGCCAAGAUGGACAUGGAUGUAACGGUCUACUGGGACAGGCUGUGGAGAGCCGAGACCUACACCAAGUUCUGCGUGAGCACGAAGCUGAACUGCAACGUGGGCCUGCUGAGGCUGUUCCCUGGCAUCACCACGGAAACCGUGAGGUUGUUCCUGCAGCACCCCAUAGUGGGCGUGGUCCUGGAGACCUACGGCACCGGGAACGCCCCCGACAACCGCCCCGAACUCCUGGCUGCGCUGAAGGGGGCCACCGACCGCGGCGUGAUCAUCAUCAACACCACCCAGUGUCUGAAGGGCACCGUGUCCAAGAUCUACGCCACGGGCGAGGUCCUGUAUGAAGCGGGGCUGCUGCCCGGUAGGGACAUGACCCCCGAGGCGGUCCUCACCAAGCUGUCUUACGUGUUGGCCAUUGAAGGGCUGGACCUGCAGACCAAAAAGAUGAUGAUGGUAGAGAACCUGCGAGGGGAGAUGAGUGCAGACCUGGAGAGACGAGGCGGCGGGAGACGAAGCGGCGGGAGACGAAGCGGCCGGAGACGAAGCGGCGGGAGACGACGCUGCCGGAGACGACGCUGCCGAAGACGACGCUGCCGGAGACGACGCUGCCGGAGACGACGCUGCCGGAGACGACGCUGCCGGAGACGACGCUGCCGGAGACGACGCUGCCGGAGACGACGCUGCCGGAGACGACCCUGCCGGAGACGACCCUGCCGGAGACGACGCUGCCGAGGCCUUGUCCCGAAGGGAUUCCUGCCUGGGCGGGGGCCCUGUCUACCCGGGGCUUGGACAAAGGGUGGAGGAGUGUGGCAUAUGGCGGAGGACUCUGGGAUCGACAACCCCAUGGAGAAAUGGAUGAAUGGCAUGUUCGGCAAGUGGAAGGGCCUUCUCAUGGCCGUCCUGUCAUCCCUGGCUUGCUUUGUCGGGAUUGUGGUCUGCUCAGCCCCCCUCAUGCCCCUUCUGGAUUGCCUGGACCUGCUUCCCCUGGACGACCAAAUGGUGCCUGCAAACUUUGACGGUGAGUAUGGCCUCCCUCGCCCUGCAACCCCUGACUUUGAGUACGAGCUCCCCUACACACUCCCAACCCCCGCCAUCGACUGUGUCCCCGCCGAGCCGGACAUCUACCCAUGCAAAUGGGAUUUGUUGAUAGCUCUGUCAAAAAUGACGGAUAAAGCUUCACUGAUUUUGAAUGCUGUUCCCCAGGAGCUGGAAGCAAUACGUGAUGCCCUGGUCCCCCCGCUGGCCUGCGCCGCCGCCAAGAUCGGAGACGUGGAGGCCCUGGAAUCCAUCCGGGAAAUGGGGAGUAUCCUGAGUCUGGGCGACUGCGACGGACGCACACCGCUGCACGUCGCUGCGAGUGAGGGCCACCUGAAGGUGGUCCAGUACCUCCUGGAGCACGGGUCCACCAUCCACGGCCGGGAUCGCCACGGCGACACCCCCCUGUCCAACGCAGUGCUCUUCAGACGCAAAGACAUCGUUAGGCUCCUGCGGAAGACCGGAGCCCACCUGUCCCGAGAGCAGCUGGCCGUCUUGGGCACAAAGCUGUGCAGCCUUGCGGCUCACGGAGACCUGGACGGUCUGCGGAUCUGGCACGUAGCCGGGGCCGAUCUGAACGCCCCCGGGUACGACGGACAGACGGCCCUUUCAGUGGCCACGGGGGCUGGCAAGUUGGAGGCUGUUGCGAUGCUUAAUCGCCUCCUGAGUGCCAAGGAUCAGGUGAGCCUAGUUGAUGAGUAGGAUGAUGAUAAUGUUGGUGACAGGGGUGAGAGUGGGAUCAAGCCCAGCGCCCCCCCGGUGGGAUGCUAGACCCGGGUGGGCUCCUACGCCAGCCAGGCUCGAUGCCCAGGCUUCCCAGAGCGGCGCCAUCGCCUCUCCUUCCAAUGUUCCAGCGAGUCCUGCCGCUUCAACGCUUUCUCGAUCCCUUUGUCACGAGCGUCUCGGUACGCCACCAAACAUGUGAACCUUUAUUUCUGCCUGCUCUUUCCCCCAAUGUUAUGUGUGUGUGUUGUUAUUUUUAUGUUCAUCUAUCGUAUGUUCUUGUAAAGGUUGCUUUUCCACUUGUCCGUACCUACCAGGCAAUCAGGGAAUCUGCUGUCAAUGGCUCAAAAAGAUAUGUGACGAUGAGAACUUGAUAAAGAAAUUGCACUUGAGAUUCUUGAACCAUUGUUUCCGGCCUUCUGAAUGCUGUUGUCUCUGCCGCUGAACUAUUUGCGCACUGUGCUGGACGAGUUGUUAUAUUUGCAGUGUUUCAUUAUCACUUUUGACCAUUGCUUGUACCCAAAGCCAAUGUUAAAGUAGUUAAUGCUUGAAUGUAUUCUUCUUAAGCAAUCAAUUAAGGUUUGUGUGAGUUUUUUUAAUUGCUGUCCAACAAAACAAAGUUUUUCAGGGUUUUGGUAAGGGUUUUGUGUCCCUGUCGUAUCAAUAUGCUUAAAUGCUGUUCCUAUUUGAUUCGAAAUAAAAUGUAUGAAAAACA